AUGAGAAAUACAUAUUUUACAUAAUUGAACACAUUAUAGUCAUUUCAGUGUUUAGAUGUAUGAAACUAGUGGAUUAAAAGUAAUAAAAUUGCACAAGCCUUGUGUUCGGCUGGCUUUUCGGGGUAAAAUUUGACUUUAUCUUCUAGUUCAUAGCAAAAGUGAUUGUUCUCCUAGGAGGAGCUUUAAAUAAUUAACUAAGUAAUGACAAUUCUUAUGGAUUUAUAAUCUGUGCACAGACAACAGGCCAUGGAUAAACGCUACCCACUAAUUAUUCUACAUUUAAAUAUCUAUUUUUAGUAUAUUGAUUCGUUGCCAGACGUGAGCAUGUUGCCAGAUUGGAUUACGUCUUUUUUUCAGACCAAAAGGAUAUUUGUGUUAUUAGCAUUGUUGUGCGUUAUUGUCUUGUCUGUUCUCUUCAACAACAAUGUCUCGCGAUUUGUGUCUUUUACGUUUCAAGUGUCGGGGAACCUGACCGAGACAGAAAAUGUUCCCUCAGACCUGGACAUUACCGAAGAUGGCGCUGAUAAUUUGCUGGAGGGCGAGUUUAAGUCUUGUCCCAACGUAAUGAGAAGAAUGGUGGUCGGCCACUGGCUGAAGAACAAGGACUACAGUAAAGAAGAAAUGGCGCUGGUUGAUGACGCACUAAGGAAGACCUUACGUCACAGCCACAUUCCCGCAGUUCUACAGAGAAAUGAUAAAAGAUGCGGAAAUGUAAACCUAGCCGACAAUCGCUACUUCCGGGCUCUUUGCGAACCCGAAGGUGAGACCCCAUGUUGUUUUAACUACAUUUGUGUGAACAAGACUGUGGAUCAAUGUCAAGGUCCUUGGGCGUUUGACAUCCGGCAACAGAUCCAGACCGAGUUCGCCACGUGGAUACCAGACGAUCCGACAUGUAAGGUGGUGGACGUGACCUCAGAAGACACUGCCUGCCAGGUUCUCAACAACUUGACCAUCUACUUCAUCGGCGAGUCGCUGACCAGACAAUUGUACAUCUCAGUUCUGGGGUUUUUGAGAGACAAGAAAUUCGACACUCACGUCCUGGUUGACAAUUCCACAAGAGCCAGGAUAUGCCACACUUACUACAGAUACAGUCCAACCUGCACAGACGUCAUUUUGAAAGACAGCAUUGAAUGUAAUGGGACAACCAGAUUACGGUACAGACGUUUGCUCAGUUCCAACGAGGCUACGGAAAUGUUGAAUCAGUUUCGAGAACUGUCAGGAAUACCCAACACUUUCUAUGUCGCUGGGUUUGGAUUCCACAAUCGGUUUCAAGUUGAACCAGUUGUUACAAAAGUGUUCAAUCCCAUUUUCCAGGAGCUUGCCAAUUCUACCUGGCCAAAGUUCAUCUGGCUGGCCACACACAUGCCAACCAUGUUGCAAGGCCUUACAGCCAGUCGCCAACAACCCCUGGAGAUCUUGGCCUACAACGAGGCGAUUCAAGCUGUGAUGUCUGCCCACAAGGUGCCCGUCAUGGACCCGACCCAGCUGACCGCUAACGCCAUGGGCAUCGACAACAUCCAUUACGGGAAGGGGGUCAACGAUGUCAAGGCUGUGAUUCUUUUAAACCACUUGCUGGAGCUCAGGCACAACUCGACCUGGAUGCUGGAGAAACAGAUCCCUGAUGAGGUGCCGAUGAAUGAAACGACUACAGCGAACACAACGAGUCACAUGACUGCAAGCAAUGUGACUAAAUCAACGUCUCUUAAAACACCAAAAACAAUAAAAACAACAGGGAAAAAAAACAAAACAGAGACCAUACAGACCACAGGCCUAAAAAUACUUACAACAUAAUUACAAAGUCUACGUUCACAUGGUGGGAUAACUCGAAGAGCCACAAGUACAAUUUUUUUUUUACGAAUUAUGGAACCUUAACAAAUAAAGCACCCACAUUUUUAAAUGGAACUUAACGUAAAUUGAAACUAUAUGAACAGAACAAUGAAUGGAACAAAUUUUACAAAUCCACAUUAAUAUUAUUUGCUUAAAUAUUAUAUAUCUGGCGAUGCACCAGGAUCUUCGCGAGAGCUCUCCAGCGGUGUCACUUUCAGUGGCCAUCUGUUGACGGCUGAUUUUUCAUAUAAAGCGGUCCAUUGCCGGAGACAAGAAAAUUAAACGCGGGCAACGACUUUGUCUGCUUGACAUGUGGCAAAAUAUGCAGGUCGCAUUUAGGUUUGUUAAGUCAUGUGAAUUACUGCACUCUGUUUAGGAAUCAAAGACAUUGCCUUAUAUACUGUUUUUAUUAUGAAUAUUUUAAGUAUUAAUUGGAGGCGCGGUGGCUCAGUGGUAAAGCGCUUGGCUUCCGAACCCCAGGUUCGAAUCCUGGUGAAGACCUGACAUAAGUUGGGGAAACGCAAAGGCGGUUGGUCGUUGUGCUGACACCCUCGUUAACUGUAGGUCGCAGAAAAAGAUGACCACUACCACUACAUCACCUGGUCCAUACAUUACAAAAUGAAUUAAAUAAAAUUAUGUAACACCU